UCGGAACUAUAAUGAAUCAUUGCGAGUUCAAUGAAGGUCAUAAAUGUCUAUUAAAAAGGGAGAAAAAAAGUUAUGAAUUUUCGAGUGACAAAAAUUAUUAUUCCAUUUAUCAUCAAAUUUUCCUGACAUGGAAAAAAUCAAUUUAAUGGAAAAUGUCAAUUCAAAUAAUAAUAAUAAUAAUUUUUCUCCUACUAUUCAAAAUUCAUUAAUACCAAGUGAAAGAAGCAACAUUAAUUUAUUGUGCUGUAGAAUUUGUUUUGAAGAUGAAAAUUCUGGUGAGUUAAUUGAUCCUUGCCAAUGUUCAGGUUCAUUGAAACUUGUGCACACGAAAUGUUUAGAAAAAUGGCUUUCAAUUUCAAAUACAGAUCGUUGUGAAAUUUGUAAAUACAAUUUCCCAAUAGAGAAGAGGGACAAACCUAUUAUCGAAUCAAUAUGGCUGUGGUGGAAGGCAACACGAAUUUACAGAUGGAGAGGAAUCGUUGCAGAUAUAAUCUGUUUAAUUGUUUUGACACCACUUUGUUUAGCAGCUUCUUACAUGUGUGGUGUAGGGGCCACAAUAUAUUCACAUAUGAAAAUUUGGGAAGGAUUCGGAUUAGCAAUUUUAUGUUGCUUAUUAAUGGGAACAUAUUGUCUUUGGCUAUUUAUUAUAUUAAGGUUUCAUUAUAAAUCUUGGAGACACUGGUGUAAUCUUAAUCAGGAUAUAACACUUUUAGUGAAGCAUCGAGAUCCGAAUCAGUCACAAAACUUGGAAAUUCAAUUGAAACGAAAUAAUCGUGAAAAUGAGGAAAAUUCUAAUCUCCCUAUGAAUUCUAUAAUUCCUUGGUUUUGCACUUAUCAUAGAUUCGACUAUAUGUUUAAUGUUCAUAUGAAUACCAGUUAUGUUUGAUCUGAAUUUUUCCUUCUUAUUUUAUAUAUUUAUAUAGAAAUUCUUUAAUUUUUAUUCAAAAGUAUAAGAAAAUAUUAUUAUUUGUUGUUACAUGUAUUUUCUUAUACAAUUACUUGUUUACGUUGAAAUAAGUACAUUGUUUUUUUUUUCAAUCGAACAAUGAAUGAUUAUAUAUGGAAAUUGUAAAAGUCAACUCAGAAACAAAGUUUAUUAAACAUUAAUUUAUACAUAUGAAUAUAGUUCGAUUCAAAAUAAUAAAAUGUUAAAAAAACAAAUUUUUCAAAGAAAAAAGUAAUAAACAUUUUGUAAUAAUUUUUUUUUUUUUAUUAAUUUAUAUUUAAAGUGGGAUAUUAUAUUUUUCAUAUCUUGUAUUUGUUGAGAUAGUUACUUUUUCUAUUGAAAAAUUUGUUUAUUUUUUAAAUUUUCUUUUUUUAAUGGAAAAUUUUGCAAAAGUUGUUAUACUAUAUAUAUAAUAAAAUUUUUCAAUUGUGUUAUACAUAAAUUCACGAGAGAAAUUUUAACUAGUAUUAUUAUUUUCUCUAAAUUUUUUAUGACACUAAUAAUGAUUACUGAGUUGUUUUUAACAAUAAAUUUUUCACGAUUGAUA